AUGGCUAGCGCGGCCACAUCGUCUUCUGCUACUGCAAAUGCUUUCGCCAAAUUUCCUCCGCCGUUUUCCUCGGCGGCGCAAUUACCGCCGACAUUUUCACUUCCCCGUCGCCGAUCAACCUCCGCCGCCCGUCGUAUCUGUGCUUCCGCAUCGGCGGUGACUCCGGUACGUACCAAGCCGGAUGAUUUGGUGGAAGACAUUAUCUCCAAGGUUGUGCAAACAGACAGGGGGGUUCUACUAAGAAGUGAAGAACACCGAAAGGUUGCUGAAUUAGCAGAAGAGUUGCAAAGAUUUUGCGUUGAUGAGCCGGUGAAGUGUCCUCUUAUAUUUGGAGAGUGGGAUGUGUUGUAUUGCUCGAAUCCCACAUCGCCAGGUGGUGGCUACCGAAGUGCAGUUGGUCGACUUGUGUUUAAAACAAAGGAAAUGAUGCAGGCUGUUGAAGCCCCAGAUAUAGUGAGAAAUCGGGUGUCGUUCUCUCUUCUUGGUUUCUUAGAUGGAGAGGUUUCUUUGAAAGGUAAACUGAUACCUCUGGAUGAAAAAUGGAUACAAGUGGUGUUUGAGCCACCUGAACUAAAGGUUGGCGGAUUGCAGUUCAAAUAUGGUGGGGAGAGUGAAGUAAAACUCCAAAUCACAUACAUUGACGAGAAGAUCAGACUCGGAAAGGGCUCCAGGGGUUCUCUGUUUGUCUUCCAAAGAUUCAAAGCAUAG